GAGCCGACUGUCUAACAAGAAAGCGGUCAAACAAAAUGGCGGUCGAUGUUGUCCUUACAAGUGGCAUGCAACACACCAUUACAGAAGCUAUAAAAUGCCACCAUAUUCCACAUGAUCUGGCAGAAACGUUAUCAAGGUAUACGUCAAUGUCUUUAGUAAAUCAAGAAUCGGCGAAAGCCGAGAAAAUAGUGCCGAUUCCGUUCAAGUUAGUAAAGCAACUUUGGGAAUGUCUUCGAGAGAAACAGACUACAGAUUCUGGCUCUAAGAUGUAUUUACACGAACUUCUAGCAGGGAGUGAAGUUUAUGUUGAACCUUUAAAAUUACCAGAAAAGAGUCCAGAACUUGUAGCUCGUCUGAAAAAGCUAAAAGCAGAGCAAGAAAAAGCAGAAUAUGACAGAAUGGUUUCAAAUGUCAAUAAAAAGUGGGACCAAAGUGAUGGAAUGCAAUUUGGACAGGAAGUUCGUUCUGGUAGCAAGCAGUUGGCCUCCAUCAUUAACUUCUUGUUGUCAGUAGUUGGAACAUUUGUAUUUGGUUAUAUUGCGUCGCAGUAUGCUUUUCCUUCAGUUGCUGUGCGUGUGAUUAUUGGAAUUGUGCUGGCCGUUGUUGUGGCAAUAGCAGAAUUGUAUUUCAUGGCAAGAGUGGAAAUUUGAUUACUAGACGAACUCAAUUAAAUCUGAAUUUUAUUAAUAAGUGAUGUACAUAAAAAUAAGUGAUGUAUUGAAAAUCUUGUUAAUAACCUGUCAGAACCCCUCUUGGUCCGCUCAUAUUUGUACAUGGUUUUGUAAAUAUUACAUUUUCUUCCUCCAAACUUACGUAUGGAAAAUCGUCUAGUUUUUAAUGGUUGAAUUCUCUUGCCCGUGGAAAUGUGAUUUACUCAGGUCAAGCAACAAAAAAUGUCCCAACAAAAAAUGAAUUUUUACGCAGUUGGUGAGCACUUAAUCGUGUGAAUUUCCAUUAAAAUAAUGCAGAAAACUCCGA